AUGCCGUCUGCUAAUGAAGGCCUAGGACUUUCGCCAUAUCAUCGCUACUCCCAACAUGGCUCUGCUAAGAUUUCGUCUGUCUCGAACAGCGACAUCCCGAGGCAUUCAUUUCAUCUGAGAUGCAGCGCAGAGCGAAACGCGGUAACAGAGCAUGACUUUACUUCAGCCAGUGCGGGCAAGUUUAGCGACUGCUUAUUUCACUCCUGUCAGGGUGGUAGUGCUGGGCUGAAUGGCGCUGCCUCUUCGUCCUCCCCAAGCUUAUCCUCUAUUCAUAAUACUGACAAAGCACCUUAUAGCUCCUCCAACUCCUUACUAAACCCCGGAUCUGCUAGAAGUGGCAACACAGCUCGGAAUUCAUCUUAUGAACCGCCCUACCUCUCUGCUCCGCGCCUCCGAAACGAUCGUAAGCGGCUCGUUCAUCAGUUUCUAAAUUUUGAAGAAGAAGGACAAAGCAAGCACGAUGCUCAGGUGUCACUAGCUUCUCAGCACUCCUUGAUAUACGAAAACUCUCGAGGCGAGAGCCUGUCGCAAAUUGUAUUGAAAGACCUGAAGGAAAUACCCACUUGUCAAGAUAGCAACUUAGACUUGGUACGAUCACAGUCUAAAGCCAAAUCCACUGCACUUUCGUGUCAGCCAAUCAUGAGCGAAAUCUCUAAGUUUGACAGCUCUCUAAAAGACCUUAUACUCUCGAUCUCGAGCAAGGACAACGAAAUGUCUCGGAGCUUCAAUGACCUAGAUGUAUUACAGCAUAACAUACAAGAAACGAGGGCUAUAAUUCAAAGCAUUCAGUCGCAAGUUAAAGAAAACGACCUUUCCAGAUUAAAAGGCUCCUUCGAGGCAGGUAGUGACACAUCAUUUAUAAAACGCUUUUCAGCCGCCAUUUCUGCGUACAGCGACAGCCUUACUUCUUUUGAGGAACGCAUUGCCAAAUGCAAAGCUGAGUUGGCAGCUCAAAAGGCUACUGUACACAAGCUCGAGACAACGAUCAAGCUGAAUGAAAUGCUAGAAGACUCGAAUACUAACAAGUGUACAAUUGAUCGAAUACGAGAAUAUAGAGGUAUCAUCACAGACGCGGUAGGGCUACUCUUCCUCGCACUCGUCAUUAUUACCUUAAAAAGAUAUUUGGCUGGGAGGAACAGCUCUAGCACAUACAAGUUGCACGUUCCAGAACACUAG